AUGGUCAAGGCCAAGGAAAUGGAGCAAGCAGUUAUGGGGGACAGAGUUAUGGUGGUUAUGGGGGUCAGCAAUCUGGAGCACAAGGGAUAUGGCCAGUCUCAAGGAGGCUAUGGGCAGCAGCAGUCCUAUGACAACUAUGGAAAUGAAUCGUCUGGCGAGAAAUCAUAUGGACAGCAGGGUUCAUACAGUGGUCAAGGGCAAGGCGGAGAUAGCUUUGGCCAACAAGGAUCAUACGGUGGCCAGGGACAAGGCGGUGGCAGUGGAGGCGGAAGCAGUUACGGGAGAUGGAACGACGGUGAAAGUGGUGGACAGGGUGGCAGGUAUGGCCGUGACCAAGGAGACCGGUCAGAAGGAGGUGGAGGCGGUGGUUACAGAGGUCGAGGUCGCGGCGGCUAUGACAGAGGCGGUUACGAUCGCGGCAGUUACGAUCGCAGCGGCGGCUAUGACCGUGGUGGCUACGAUCGUGGCGGAAGAGGCGGACAUCCUGGUAUGGGAGGUGGUGACCGUGGUGGCUUCAAAAAUUUCGGUGGCUCUCGAGACUACGGCUCAAGGGAUGACUCUGCUGGAGAUCAGGACAACUCUGACAACAACACCAUUUUUGUCCAAGGCCUGGGUGAAGAUGCCACAGUUCAGGAAGUGGGCGACUUCUUCAAGCAAAUUGGCAUUAUUAAGGUGAACAAGAAGACUGGUCAGCCAAUGAUCAACCUGUACUCUGACAAGGCCACCGGUCGGCCAAAGGGUGAAGCCACAGUGUCCUUUGACGACCCGCCCUCUGCCAAAGCUGCUAUCGACUGGUUCGAUGGCAAAGAAUUUAAUGGCAAACCCAUCAAAGUGUCAUUUGCCACCCGCAGAGCUGAGUUUACCCAGCGUGGCGGAGGACGAGGAGGUGGAAGAGGUUUCAGAGGUCGUGGUGGUGGAGGUCCAAACUUUGACAUGAAGGGAGGAGACUGGCCUUGCCCCAAUAGCUCCUGCGGCAACAUGAAUUUUGCAAGGCGGCAAGAGUGUAACAAGUGUGGUGCCCCUAAACCAGGCGAUGCAGGAGGAUUUGGAGAUCGUGGAGGCAGAGGUGGUUACGGUGGCGACAGAGGAGGUGGAUAUCGCGGACGUGGAGGAUUCCGCGGUGGUGACCGGGGUGGCUACAGUGGUGACCGCGGCGGAUACGGAGGGGGAGGAUACAAAAUGGGAGGAAGAGGUGACCGGAGGGAUGACAGGAGAGACCGGCCAUAUUAA